ACACACAACAGGAACGUCUCGUCUUGCUGGAAGCUGACUGGAGGAACCUGAUUCAGUUUCUCUAGAAAUUUAAACCCGUGCUUUUUCCAUGCUUUUGGGCAUUCGCCAGUUUGUUUUAUUCCGAUUAGGUCAUGAGGAGGAGUAUCUUGGGAGGAAAUAGCGCGCGUGGACCUUGCUGAUUUUUGCCACAUUCCAAUAUGAGGAAUAUUAUUACCGGAGUGAUGGAUAUAUAUUGUCGGACACCCUGAGACCACAGUAUGAGUCAGCUGCGGGAAUCGCCAGCACAUCCUGACAUGGUUACGCACACGCAUUUUGGACACACUGCUCCACCGGCUUCUGGGUGUCAUUUUGUUUCCCCUCAUCCUGCUAUGAAGAACUAAAACGCCGAUCUGUGCGUUUAGGAAUCCGGCAUGUUUUGAUAGGGACAACUUUUGAAGGUCGUGCUUUUUUUUUAUUUAUUUAUUUAUUUAUUUAUUUCCCCCGCCGGUCCACAGUUUUACAACUUCCUCGGCGACGAUGACGGAUUCUCCUCCUCCUCCGUCUUAUAUUGGGAUGGAAGUAGUGAUCGCUCUCGCCUCUGUUUUAGGGAAUGUGAUGGUGGUUUGGGCGGUGAAGAUAAACCGCUCGUUGCGGGACACUACUUUUUACUUCGUGGUUAGCUUGGCUUUGGCAGACAUCGCCGUCGGGGCUCUUGUCAUUCCCUUGGCCAUAACGAUCAGCACCGGACUGGAGACGCACUUUUACAGCUGUCUGAUGGUCGCCUGCAUUAUGCUCGUUCUCACCCAGAGCUCCAUCCUAGCUCUCCUCGCCAUUGCCAUUGACCGCUACCUGAGGGUCAAGAUCCCGCUCAGUUACAAGCGAGUAGUGACCCCAAAGCGAGCUGGGUCAGCGGUGAUUGCAUGCUGGCUGGUGGCUCUCAUUGUGGGCUUAACUCCCAUGUUUGGCUGGAACAACCUGAAGAAACUCCGAACAAACAACUCCGAAGAAGCCAACCCCAUUGUCACCUGUCAGUUUGAGAAAGUCAUCAGCAUGGAGUACAUGGUCUACUUUAAUUUUUUCGGCUGGGUGUUGCCCCCGCUCGUCCUCAUGCUUGUCAUAUACGUUGAGAUUUUCUACAUGAUCCACAAGCAGCUCAAUAAGAAGCUCAAUAAGGCGGCCAGCCAAGCUGAUCCCAGCCGUUAUUAUGGAAAAGAGCUCAAACUGGCCAAAUCUCUUGCCCUGGUGCUUUUUUUCUUUGCCAUUAGCUGGUUACCUCUGCAUAUCCUGAACUGCAUCACUCUGUUUUGCCCCACUCCUAAUACUAAGAUCAUUAUCUACGUGGCUAUCUUGCUAAGUCAUGGCAACUCUGCGGUCAACCCGGUCAUAUAUGCCUUCCGCAUCAAGAAAUUCCGCACGGCUUUCGUCAAGAUCUGGGCUCAGUAUGUCUGCUGCAAGAAAGUGAACCAUUUGGCCAGUAAAGCCACCCGGCGAAGGGAGUGUCUGGAGAAGAAGAUGAGACGAAUUAAUGACAUUUGACUAAGCUAGAGCGUCAAACAUAGCUGGCUUUGUUGAUAACUGAAUUAACGUUUAACAUCCAGAUCUGAGAUCUUGUGAUGUCUUGACUCCUAUUUCCUCUUUUGAGGACAAUCAGAUGAAAAUGGCAUUCUGUCUGCAAAAAAAGUGCCAUGCACCAGCUGCACAAGUGUGUUAAAUAUGGCAACUGCUUGUGUUAGUGGAAAAACGACACACUGCGUAGCCCUGACAUCUGUGGAUCGUGUAUGUUUGUGAUUUUUCUGGGUUCGAAUGAGAUUUGCAAACUUUAUAACAACUCGAAAGUGCUUAUAGCCACAUCAGGCCUUGUACAGACCAGGCAACGGACCUGUGAAUGGCACUGCAGCAUUAUCAGUGAAGGGGAAGUAUGUUUCAUUGGUUAUGUUUCCUGGAGUACGGGCACAUUUUAAAUCUAUAAAAUGCUUAUCAUGUCUUAACUUAGCUGCCAAGAAUACGACUUCAGCGAUGUUUUAGCAUUUUGAUUUUUAUUGUUGUUAAAAGUCGAACUCAUCUCAUGUGUGUUAAAGCUGCUUCUGAAGUAACCAUCAGUGAACUUCAGAAAGCACGGUUAUCUCCUCAAGGUACGUCACAAUGCGCUUACGUGUAGACCAUUCCGAGAAAGAUACCUACAAUGCUUUGAGCAGAAGUAACUCAAAUACAUGUGCCAUAACCAGCAAGACCUAAUCGAGUAUUAUUGCAGGUUGAAACAUACUAAUAAAGUAUUAAAUAAAAUAUUGUUUUUAACUCUGGUACUGUGAUGUUUACUCUGCAAGGAACAUCUCCUUGCAACACUUUUGUAUAUUUGCAUUUACAGAACAUGAUUCUGUCAGUUAUCACAUCUUCCUGAGCUGCUUCUCAAGUACACAAACUCACCAGGCAGAAUUAAAGCUACACCACAAUCCUUCCUUUAACAUGCAUGCAUGGCUAACUGUGUGAAUCUGCAUCAAGAUGUUUAUCUGUAAUUCGGCUCCGCUAAGAAAGCCACAGCUCCUAACCACAUCUGCAAACUGGUUAGCGUUGUAUUGCUUGUCUCUGUAGGCAACAGGUUUAGUUUUGUCUCAUAAAUAACAUAAGGUCAGAGUUCUGGCUGGUUCUCAACUCUGCAAGUGUACAGAGAUAUUUCUUCUAUUUAAAUUUUGC